CGAUGAGCCAAAUAAAUGGCGGGGGUAGCAACACCCUCAGUAGUAGUACUUCAGAUGGUGCACGGAAGAUGAUUGAGAAAAUGAUCAAAUGUCGACUGGGUCGCUUCAUAAAGGGGAUUCUGUUUAUAAUGCCAUGGAAGGUGAUGUCCCUUUUCGUCCCUGGACUAAAGCUAGUGCUGCAACCCAUUGAGUCCUCCUAUCUCUGGCGUUUCCCUCCGUCCGGCGAAGAUAAAGAAGCCGAAGCACUUGAAAGGGAAAAGAAGGGCAGUAGGAACGCUGAUAACAACAACCCUCCAUUAGCAGAGGAAAUCGCUAUCCCAUCCGUUUCUGAGCUUCAUAAAGCCGGGGUAACUUUUCUACCCAUGAAGGAAGAAGGAAUUGCAGACAUUUACUUUGAUGAGAAAAAGGUGGUGCUUUACCUCCCCUGCAUUUGCGUGGACUUGAAUACUGCGGUGUUCUUGAGAAACCUGGUAGCAUACGAGGCAGGUAUGGCCUCAGGGCCAGUAGUGUUGACGCGUUACACGGAAUUGAUGAAUGGGAUUAUUGACACGGACGAUGACGUCAGAAUUCUUAGGGAGAGAGGCGUCAUUCUUAAUCGAUUGAAGAGUGACGAGGAGGUCGCUAAGCUGUGGAACGGAAUGAGCAGAUCCGUGAGGUUGACCAAAGUGCCCUUCUUGGAUAAGGCAAUCGAUGAUGUCAACAAGUAUUACCACGAAAGUUGGAAGGUCAAAAUGGGAAAUAUAAUGAAGCGAUAUGUGUUUGGGUCAUGGCGAUUUCUCACUCUCUUUGCUGCAAUUGCGCUCCUGAUUUUGAUGAGCCUUCAGGCGUUUUGUUCGAUAUUUGGUUGUUUUCACCUUAUUCGUGUUCGGUAGUAUCUACUAUCUAGGGCGAUUCGACGUGUUUUUCGAUGGCCCAAAAUUUUCAUGGGCUUCUUUAUUACGUAGUAUAUAUACCUCAUUUCUUUGAAUGAUACUACGUAUUAUAUGUAUAAAUCGUACUACGUAAUAAUGAAGAAAAGAAAUACUUUCUAGUGAAAUGAUUAACAAUUUAUUAAGAAAUAGUAAAACAGUU